CUCUCCAUUUACCUUAUCUAAAGCUUGCUUCGCUUUGUUUGUAUAUUUGUGCACAUAUCUACAGCAGCGCCAUAGCACAAAUGUCAAAAUGUGGUUUGUUUUCUUGUAAACUUCGCCAUUUCAUUGAACGGAUGUUGUUUAUCGACAAACGUAUAAUAAUCACAAUUGUGUAAAAGUCAUUAAAAGAACAACAUUUGGUUAAAAUUAUUAUGAAAGCUCAACACCGAGAAUAUUAAUAACCACAUUUUUAAGCCACAAAUACAACAAGAAGUGAUGGGCCAAGUGCAGUCAAUUAGCGAUUGCACUAUACCGGACACCGUAGAUGCUAUGCAUAUGCAGGUGGUGCGACACGCCAAAGUUCUUUCCGAAAUUAACUCUCUGAGCUAUGAGGAUUUUAAAGCUUGCUUGGAUAGCCUAAAUGCGCUCUCUCGUAAGUGCAUCGAUCCCAACGGCAAACAGCUUGUAUUCCUUGUAAAACGUGGCACGGACACGUCACUAUUGUGGAAAGCCACGGUUAAAAUUGCUUGCAUCAAGGUGGAUCCUGCUACGCGGAAAAUCGAUAGCUAUAAAUUUUUGAACUUAAAGCAAUUUUUGUGCGUAUUUAGAACAUUCCAAUCACAUUUGGAAAGUUUAGUGUCGAGUGAAAAUCUAGUGGAUUCACGCCGUAGCUCACUUUCCCAAACACCCAACGACGAUGAUACAACUGGCGCAUCUUCGGUUGGCGGCAGCAAUUUUAUUACAGCCUCAAUUUUAAUGGAGAGAGUAAACUCGCUUGUAAAUAAUAGGCAUGGUUCAAGUAGUGAAACUUCAAGUGGCCUGAAUAGUCCUACGUCAUGUUCGCAUGUCGCCCAUGUUGAUGAAUGCUCAAUUUGUUUGGAUCGGCGUACAGAGGUCAUAUUGCCAUGUAUGCAUAGCUUCUGUACACCCUGCAUUGAACAAUGGAAUGUCAACAACAAAACAUGCCCUAUUUGCUCUGAAACACUGGACAGCACAGAUGAAACUUGGGUUAUGCCUGAUAUACCAGGAGUAGAAGAGAUAAACGAGAAGAUAUGUGCUGAAUUCAUGAAUUUGGCAAAAAAUUAAAGAAAUAUUCCAAACGUGCGUCUAUACAUAGUUGAGCGGCAUUUUUUCGCCAGUAUUUUGUGUAUUGACGAAAAUAAAUUAAGAAACAAAAAAACCAUUUCCAGAUUGAAUAGAAGAAGUAACUCAAAAAUGUCCAAAUAUGUAAUGCAUGCCAAACAACUUUCAAUGGUCAGUCCCGUGCUACGAAUUUACCAGCGAUUUGAAAUUAAACUGUGACUACCAUUAAUUUAACAAAAUCUAAAUCAAACUAAUUAUUUUUUUUUGGAAUCUUAAAUAUUGUUUUUUUUCACAUCUGGAGGAGAAAACUAUUCCCUAUUAAGUAUUUUGAAUCCAAUAUUUAAACCAUAACAUUAACAUAAUAACCAGGUUGAUUUCAUUUAACUUUAUUUUACACAUAUUUAAUACAUACGUAUGCUCACCCUUGCCUUACCAUCAUCCCACAAAGAAUUAUACAUUUUCAAAUAUGUGUAAUGUUAUUUGCUACACCACAAUUUAAUCAUGUACUGCUUACUGACAAAUUUGCAUAUAUAAGUAUUAUACACUUGUGUUAUAAACUAGUUUUUUCUCUUGUUGGAACAAUAAAUAAGUUAUUGCGAGACAUAA